CAGCCUGGCGUCCACGUAUAAAAAGCCGACGUCGAGUUGGCUUGAUUGUGCAGUUUGGUGUUGACGCUGACGUUCAAACCAUACACCUUGUUCGGAUAACAACAUGCAAACCAAUCUCAUGAAAAAACUCUCACCUAGUGGAGAUAUAACAUUGUACAUUGCCCAAAGGGAAUAUGUGGACCAUUAUAAAAGCGUCGAUCCCAUUGACGGAGUUGUCAUGGUGCCCAUUAGCAAAGCCCACGGCCAUCGUCUUUUUGUUGAAAUUCAGCUCCACUUUAGAUAUGCAAGUCUUUCGCCAUUGAACAUGUAUCAGUUUCAAUCAGCGUCUCAUUUCAAAUUACAGGGUGCAGAGGCGGAAGAAUUUUCCAACAUACCGUUCAAAAAAAUGGUUGUCGUAGCAUCGCAAGAGCUUUUCCCGUUGGGGAACGGACCAAAUCAGAUACCCCAUGUCUUUACCAAUUGGCAGACGGCCUUGUGUAAGAAGAUGGCCAACAUGCAAGGCAUUUGCCCGUUCAAAUUAGAAUUCCCACAAGGUUCACCACCGUCGCUGGUGGUGGCCGGCCCUGCAGGUGUAUCAGGCGAGCCUUGCGGCCUGACUUAUCAAGUUGUUGCUUACUUUUGCACCGACCCGACUCUUCCGCUUGUCAAAAAAAACACGGUGGGAUUUAACGUGCGUGUUACUCAGGAAACCCUACCAGUGCCUUUGCUUGAGCAGCUUUCCUUAGCGCCCAGCACUCGGCCAGCUACGCUGGUGCAACGGCAAUUCCUUCUAUCGCCCGGCAAAAUGCAAAUCGAGAUGUGCCUCGAUCGGGCCGUUGUUUAUUACGGAGAGAAAUUAUCUAUGCACGUGCAAAUCACUAACAACAGCAGCCGGACGAUUCGCAAAAUCAAAUGCAAAUUGUAUCAAGUGUCACAACUUUCAUUCGCCUCGGGUGAACGCCGAGCGCCGUUGUAUUGCAUGGAAACGACAGAAGGAUGUCCCAUCCCACCAGGAGCAAUACUUCAAAGAACAUACACUUUGAUUACGAAACUGCAACCUCAUCGCACCAAUGAAAACCUGGUCUUUGAAGCUUCAACAAAUCGCGGCGACGUAGAAAGACUAUCAGCCACAACUAUAUUUCCUUACACCGAUCCCAAGGAAGGUUUUGCCAUUCUUGUUUCGUACGAAGCAAAGAUCAAGGUGUACAUGGGUGGCUCGCAAUUCCAGUCGGUCCGAUCGACUUUGGGAGAGGUUUCGGCACGCGUGCCGUUCUUUUUAUUCCAUCAAACACCAAGAGAAAACAUCGAGCUGGAAGACUCUGCUGCAGCGGCAAACCCAGUUGCAAAACCACAUCGGAUGGUCAGGCUGACAUCAGUGGACAAUGAAGUGCCAAAAGAUCAACCCCUUCUCGUCGACUGGUAGCUCUUCGGUUAUACGAA